GACAGUGGAAAGAUAGGACUGUGGAAGUUGACAAAUGAGCAAUAAGUGUCUCUCUUUGUGUAUAUAUAUCAAGUGUUUGGUAGCUCAUUUUAGGGUUCACUUGUGUAAAAGUUAGCGGCCAUGGGAGGGUUCAAGCACUUGGUGAUUGUUAGGUUUAAGGAAGGUACUGUGGUAGAGGAGAUUAUGAAAGGGUUGGAGAAGCUGGUUUCUGAGAUUGAUCUUGUCAAGUCUUUUUCAUGGGGACAAGAUUUGGAAAGCCCAGAGAUGCUUGCACAAGGCUUUACUCAUGCCAUUUCAAUGACUUUUGACAAAAAGCAAGAUUACACUGCAUUUCAAACCCAUCCUAAUCAUGUUGAAUUUUCUGCUACAUUUUCUGCUGCUAUUGAGAAAAUUGUGGUGCUUUGUUUCUCAUCUGUUCAGGUUAAACCAGCUGUUGCAUGAUCUAUGAGAUCUAGAAAUAAUAUGAAAAGUGGUAUUUGUGGUCUUAUAUAUGUGAGUGUGUAUCAACUUAUUUGUGUUAGUUUUGAAUGUAUAAUUAACUCUUGUUGGCUAUUAUUUCCUGCAACUAGAUCUCUCCUUGAAAUUUCAACAUCAACUCUUGUAUCAAGGAAAUGUUCUAUUGUUACAUGUUCAUCAUUUUGCUUUUUUAAUGGAUAGACCCAACUGUGAGAUUUGAUGUGUC